AUGGCAAAAGCCCAGUUAGAUUCUGAGUCAGAUCUCAGCAAUAUUGAGGAGGAGUCCUAUAUGGACUAUUUGGAAGAUCCAUCGGAUCCUGAUUCUGACAUUGAAGUCAAGGAAUCUGACCCUUCCCAAGACCCUAGUACGAUUAAAACCGUUAACAUUGACAUAGAGCAUGGGGCCACAG